AUGGCCCUCAAGCGCAUCCAGAAGGAGCUGGCCGACUUGGGCAACGACCCGCCUGCGAACUGCUCGGCGGGGCCUGUCGGAGACGACCUGUUCAGUUGGCAGGCCACCAUCAUGGGCCCCCCUGACUCGGCCUAUACGGGCGGCGUGUUCUUCCUGAACAUUAUCCAGCGGCCUUCGGCACAGCCCAUCUUUGUUUCUUGUCUGAUGGUCAGGCAGGGCAGCCCGACGUACCUCCCACGGGGGCUGGGGCACAUCACGGGGAAUCCACCGUCCGCGGGCCUUCCAAUCGUUCUCGGCGUGCGGUCGCAGUGUAUGAAGAUGUGUCACAGCGAGGUUCUGCUCUCAAUUUCCUCGCUCCUCACGGACCCGAACCCGAACGAUCCAUUGGUGCCGGAGAUCGCUCAGUCGUACCUGAAGGACCGCCAGAAGCACGACCAGACGGCCCGCGAGUGGGUCCAGAAGUACGCCACCUGA